AUGGUGGUUGCGAUGAGGUUGCAGCGGUUUGGGAGCAGGCACUCUCCCUUCUACCGCAUUGUGGUGGCCAACAGACGCGCCCCGCGCGAUGGCAAAUUCAUCGAGCGGGUUGGAACAUACAACCCUUUCCCGCGCAAUGACAUGACGAAAGUGUGCUCCAUGAACUUUGACCGCAUCAAAUAUUGGCUCUCUGUUGGCGCGCAACCGUCGGAUCGCGUGUCGUACCUUCUUGGCUUGGCCGGUAUUCUGCCACCACAUCCUAACCGACACUUGCUGAAGGGAACGCCGCCAGCGAGCAGUGAAGAAACGCAAUCAGAGGAGUAG